AUGAGGGGCAGAGAGCGCAGAAAGCGUCUGUCUAGGAGUCGCAUUACAAGAGGGAUCGAUUAUCCAACACUGUUUCUUAUACCCAUUUUGGCGCCAACGUCUACGUGCAAUUCAGCAAGCAAAAACGUAGACGCUUACACAAUGGAAAAAAUGCCGCAGCAACAGAAUCAUGACGAUCACCAAUAUCAUCAGCACCGCCAACAAGAGCCGAAACAAUCUCAACAACGAGACCUACAGGGACGGCAAAUACAGCGACGGCAAUGGCAACAACAACUACGCCGACGACAACUACAGCAAGAAAAAAGAUAUAAACAGCAACUACAGGGACAGCAACAGUGGCAGGAGCGACAUCAGCAACUGUUGCAGGAAUCAGAUCUGUUAUCCGAGCAACAAGAACAGCUAUGCGCACAAGAAGAUCGGUGGCAAAAUCGACGUCAACAAGUAGUACAAGAAUUACAGUCAGUAGAACAACGACUAAGCCCAAAACGGUUGCGACACAAAGGACAAAAAGAACAAGAAGUACAUGAAUUGCAGCAGCAAGAGAAACCUCAGCUGCAACAAAAACUGGUACAACAACAACUGGAGCAACAACAAGAAAAACAACAGCAAGAUCUGAGGCUCCAGAAAGGACAGCAACAGAGGCAUGAUCGAGUCCAGCAAAGACGGCAACAAAAUCAAGAUUGGCUAGAGCAAGAUCUGAGGCUCCAACAACGACAGCAAUGGAGACAAGAUCAACUGCAACAAAACGUGGGAUUCCAGUACGGACAGCAACAAAAAGAUUUGAGGCUCAGGCAAGAACGGGAAACGAAACAAGAUUGGCUGCAGCAAGACAAGCAACAGAGACAGGAUCGAUUUCAGCAAGACCUUAGACUCCGUCGAGGACAGCAACAAAGAAAAGAUCGGCUUCAGCAAGAACAGCAACAAGAAAAUCUGAGGUCUCAACAAGAACAGCAAAAGAGACAAGACCGUCUUCAACGAGGACAGCAACAGGAAGACUUGAGGUUCCAGCAAGAACAGCAAGAACAUCGGCAACAAGGUCGUAAAGAGUGGGAGGAACAACAAAAGCGGAGGCUGCAAGAACAGCAACAGAAAGAAUAUCGAAUCCAGCAAGCACAGCAGCAAAAACAAGAUUGGCUACAGCAAGACCUAAGGCUCCAGCAAAGAAAGCUACAGAGACAUGAUCGAGUCCAGCAAGGAGGGCAACAAAAAGAUCUGAGGUUUGGGCAAGAACGGGAAACGAAACAAGAUCGGCUGCAACAAGGGCAGCAAGCGAAACAAGAUCGAUUUCAGCAAGAACAGCUAGAGAGACAAGAUCAAUUUCAACAAGGACAGCAACGGAAACAGAGUCGAUUUCAGCAAGACCUUAGAUUCCAUCGAGGAGGGCAACAAAGACAAGAUCGGCUUCAGCAAGAACAGCAAAGAAAACAAGGCCAUCUUCAACAAGGACAGGAACAGGAAGACAUGAGGUUCGAGCACGAACAACGAAAACAGCGGCAAGAAGGUCGUAAGGAGUGGAAGCAACAACAAAAACGGAGGCUGCAAGAACAGCAACAGAAAGAUCAGAGGCUUCAACAAAAGCAGGAACAGAAACAAGAGCAACAACAGCAACAGAGACAAGAUCGAAUCCAGCAA